AUGGCCAUCACUGAAGAAGGCCAGCCGCGUGUGCAACUGUGGGGGCCGUUGCUGUGUCAGUACCACGUCCAGAAGACGGUGAAGCGGGCCGAGCUCUGGGCCUUCCUGAAGACGCUCGAGGUGGUGCUGCCGCCGUGCAGGAUUUACACGGAACACAUGGGCAUCUUGGACGAUUUGGCGCCCGGAGUGCGCUGGUGUCUCAGCUGGAAGUGUCCGCAUGCUGAUCUACGGCGUAGGAUUUGGCAUACGCUGGUGGACCUAGGCCUGGGCAUCGACUGCGCGCAGCACGUUCAGACGCAUCGCUCCAAGAAGGCCAUCGGCCAGUUGAACGGCCUGGAGGGGCAGGUUGCGCAGGACAACGAGGCGGUGGACCCACUGGCAAAGGCGCCGAGGAGGGUUGCGGCUACAGCAAGCAGGGGGCCUUGA